AUGAAAAAGCAGGCACAGGACCAAGUGAGAUGCGCAGGUGGUAAGCAUUGCAUCGGCUGCGCGACCAUGGUAGGACCCUGGUUCAGUUUGAGAUGCCAAGCCUGCUGGGGGAAGCAAGCCGAGACCCCUCGCAACAUUUCCUUCGAAACCCCCGAGCCUCCAGCCAAACCAGAGCCUUCGGGACGCUGUCUACACUGUACUGAAAUAACCUACGGGCCAGCACUUUUAUGCCGGCUCUGCGAGAUCCACAACUGGGACACAACGUUCAUCAACAUUCUCACCCAGGAGCAAAGAAUGGUGGUUGUUCGGGAAGGCUUCUGCACAUUUUGCUAUGUGAGGGAAACGCCAGGCGAUAGAGCACGGUGCGAAUGGUGUAAUGCAAGUGAAGAGAAAAGGCUGCAGCUGGGGAAAUGCAUGUCAUGCCCGGACCCUUUCUCUAAAAAGGGCACAAUAAAGAAGUAUCAAUGCGAGGAUUGUAUUGUUGGGCAAAGGUAUUGGACCGGCAGGUGCGAAUUUUGCUUCGACCCUCGGAAGCUGGGCAAAAACCGCUGUGAGGUGUGUGAGAUGACGGACAACAAGAAAUUCUUUGACAUAUACAAGGCACUUGAACCCAAGGUUCCGAACCCUGACAACGAAGCCUGCCCUGAAACACAAGAGAAUGUUUGAAAGUCUGUUCAUUCACGGCGCAGUACCAUCACAC